AUGGGCGCCCAGGUGUGCAAUCGUACGGUGGCGGAACGGUUGCGCUAUUCACCCGCUCCGGUACCGAUGAAAAGCAACAAACGACAGUCUCCGGCACCUACCAAAUUGAACGGUGCCAAGCGCAAACUUUUCGGCGACAGUGAUCGGGAGGAACUAAAUCGGUUCUACGACAAGCAUAUGAAGGAGCAGGAUGAGGCAAAGCAGAAAAAAUGGAACUUUAAUUUUCGCAAAGGCGUACCUUUGGAUGGUCAGUUUAAGUGGAUGCUGCCCCACGAAUGCUCGGUGAUUGCGUUAACCCAAGCCGCCCAUGUUAUACCUACGGCCGCAGCACUGCAAGCUGCAUCGGAUGUGCAACGGAGUAGCAGCGCUGGCGAUACUCUUUCGAACGAACGGAUGGACGAGCGAUCGGAACCUGCUAGCGGAAGCAGUAGCGUUCCCAAAUUGCGACAGCCGAAAAUUACAGACUUCAUGAAAGAACGCAAGCGUCGCCUAUCUUCUACGGUUUCGGACGAGAAAAAGGUACGCUUGCUGGCACCACCUUCCGCGUCGUCCGACGGUGCCCAACAACCGGAGGCUUCGACAUCGUCAGCUAACUAA